GAGGUGUAUCCGGGCAUGACAUAACAAGUGCGUGGAGGUUCGAUUCUGUCAGCCACAUUUCCUACGCUCUAUUUCACUUCCAAUUUCAUCCUUUUUCUGCUCCCAGCUUGAAGUUCACCUUCAUCUCUGCGGGUUUCCUAUAUUCAAAUGCCCUAACGAGACAACUGCAUCUAAGGUCUUCAUGAUCCUGUUUAAGUAUAACUGCUCUGGGAAGUUUAGAAAGAACCAACCUAUCAGCCAGCUCAAUACAGUACAGUAUUAAUGAAGAUGAACAAUAGCAUUGCAUCUGCUUUUGCUAUUGCUCCUGCCUCUUCUCUUAGCCAUGAACAAACUGCUGCUCCUGCUCCUGCCCCUUGUGAAGAUGAGGAAAAGAAAGCUUCAAAGAGCUUAUCUGGUUUUAUUUUCUUAUGUAAUGGAAGGUCCAAACCAGAGUGCUACAAAUAUCGUGUUUUUGGGCUCCCAUUGAGUAAAGUGGAAGUUGUAGAAAAGAUUAAAACAGGCACAAAACUUUUCCUGUUUGAUUUUGACGUGAAGCUUCUUUAUGGUGUUUAUGAGGCAACUUCCGAUGGAAAAGUAGGGUUGGAACCUCUUGCUUUUGGAGGCAGAUUUCCAGCACAGGUACAAUUCAGAAUUUACAAGGGAUCUCUUCCAUUGCAUGAGAAUUCUUUCAAACAUGCCAUAAAAGAUAACUACAAAGGCUAAAAAACUAUUAUCAAUGAUGUUAUUUAUUAUCAUGAGAAAGACUAAAAAACAGCUUACUGGCUUGAGUGCCUAUUAUGUGAUUGAUCUAUUCUGUAAUUGAGAACUUUGCAUGAAACAGGUCAGAAAUCUCCUAUCACUGUUUCGUCCUCUUUAUGAAUCAUCGUCAUCAUCAGCUUCACCCGCCCCGAUGGCAAACAUUGGCCCGACUUUGCCGAAUAUGGGCCAUCCAAAGGGAACUUACCCCUCGGCAGUGAGGCAGCAAGUCGAGCACUUAUCAACAGUACCCUUUGGGAAGGAUCCAUAUGCCGGAAUUGGCCAAGGUCACGUUCGGAAUAUCCAAGUAUCACAUCAUGGAUGGCAGGGAACGAUGCCAAUAAGAGAUCGUUUCCACAAUGGCAUUGAUCCGGGGGUUGCAGCUCCCAGCAAGCAAUUCUUUACUGCUGAUUCUCAUCAGCAUGUCCCAACAUCCAGUUAUCCAUACUAUACUGCAAAUGGAAAUCUCAAUCCACCCAUUCACCAAUAUUAUACUGCAGAUGUUCAAGAACGAAAUAUUGCAGCUCACAGUCACCCAUAUCAUUCUGCUGCUGCUCAACAACUAAAUGCUAUACCUCUCACUCACCAAUAUUAUUCUACCGACUCUCAGAACCCAAAUGUUACUACACCUAGCCACCCAUAUCAUUAUGCAGAUGUUCAAGAACAAAAUAUUGCAGUUCACAGUCACCCGUAUCAUUCUGCUGCUGCAGCUCAACAACUAAAUGCUACACAUCUCACUCACCAAUAUUAUUCUACCGACUCUCAGAACCCAAAUGUUGCUGCACCUAGCAACCCAUAUCAUUCUGCUGCUGCUCAACAACUAAAUGCUACACCUCUCACUCACCAAUAUUACCCUACUGACUCUCUGAACCCAAAUGUUGCCGCACCUAGCCACCCAUCUUGUGCUGCUGAUUCCCAACAGUUGAAUACUGCAGUGCACAUUCAGCAGUAUUAUUCUACUUAUCCUCAGCAAGUAAAUGUGGAAGCAGUGAGUCACCCUUGCUUCCCUGCUGAUUCUCAACUACGAACUGCCACAGCACCUAGUCACAAUUAUUAUGUUGCAGUUGAUGGUGGUGCUGUGCAGUUGAGGCAGGAAUCUUAUUUUAGAUCAAUGCAAGAGGCAGCUCCUCAGGAUCAACUAAUGGGAAUACAACAUAAUUAUCAGCAACUGCCUCAACAGAUGCAUCAACAAAGUGCUGAUACCUUCAAUUCGAACCCCAUUCUCUCAGCCCCUUAUGGAUCUUUACUAGCUCUGCCGGGUGCUCCUCAGGCAGUUGCCACUCCGCAUGAUCUAAAUGCUCACUCCUCAACCUAUUAUUAGCUCAUGGGUGCAAUUGUUGUUUGAAGAAGGUGGUGAACACGGAAAUCAGGUCUCAUACUCUUUGUAGGGUUUCUUGAAAUAUGUUGUUUUUUGUAAGAAAAGAGUUUUACCACCACCCAAAAAUGCUACAAGCGCUUGUACAAUGAGAUUCUAUGGAUGUUAUACCCUUUAAUAAACUAGGAGCUUUUAGUAGUCCAAAGUUAUUGAUGUCAAUCCAUGAUUAUUUCUCUAAAAGGUGAAAUCACGCACCUGAGUAUUGGGAGAUCAGUACGGGGUGUGCCAUAGUGUGGCAUUAGUUAUUAGUCCAACUCUUCCACCUUAGUAGUAUCUUCUCAGAUUAUCCUGUAGAGACUUGAUAUUGAUGGGGUUUGGUCCGUGGUGAGAAUGGAGGAAGGGGAAAGGGUGAACCAGUUAAACUGUACCUCAGUUGCAUAGUCAGUUGAUAAUUGCAUGUUUUUGCCUACAGUAGUACCAACAGAGAAACAUGAUAUGAUGGAAUAGUUUUUUUCCCAAAAAUACAAGGCAUGACAUAUAAGAGAAACAUGCAAAUACUAAGAAUGCAG